AUGAUUGAAGGAAUCGGUGUUAAGCAUUUGAUGUUUACUAAUGAUAUUGCUGCUGGAAGAUGUCCGUUUCGGGCACCAACAAAGAAGAGUCUUGAACUUGCAAAAAUUGCACCAUUGAGUGAUCCGAAAGUCGAGCAAGCAACAAAGAGUGGCAUCAGCCAAGCAAACAUUCCCAUCAUUUUAUCACCAAAUGUAACAGCAACAGCUAGUGAUGCUUGA